CUCUAGCUGGGAUACUGGCGGCUGCACCCCCUGAACUCAGAGUUCAGUAACGCUGCUUUAGUUAAACCCUUGGAGAAUGGAAUCGGGAGUAGAAUCUGCUUUUGCAAACCUCCAGCGGUGUUUUUUAUUUAUUUAUUUAUUUAAUUGUAUUAUUUAUUUUACAGUCAGUUGGCAGACGUUUGAGCCCAACCCUAAAUGCAUGCGAGGCGGCGGAAGAACAUAUUAGUAAAAAAUAUUCGUGUAGCGGCGGCGGCGGCGGCUUCCCUCAGCCGCUAGGUUUGAUUGGGCAGCCCAGCGGUCUCCAAACGAGCUCAGUCAGCGCGACCUUUCAGUGAGCUGACUGGAGCCGCACUUUCGGCUUUUCCUUUUUUUUUUUUUUAAAUAAACACUUCAAUGGAGGAGCAGUCCAAUGUGCAGCUGCCACACUGCCACCACGGAGAAGAGAGGAACCCCGGCCGCCCACAAAACACGGUGAAACAUGAACAAAACCAUUGCCACUACCAGCGCCAGGAAACGCAGGCGAAGAAAACAGGAUAUGCAAAGUUAACCUGUAGCACUGGAGAGAGAGACAAGGUCGUGACUGUUAAGCUUCAGGACUCAAGCAGCCUGCUCUCCUCCUCCGGCGUAGGAAAUGGUAACAGACAUCUCCUAGACACUAACUUGAAACCCAGACAGACCGCUCCAGCAGUCAAGGUCAGCACCCCGCUCCUCAAAGUGGGAAGCAAAGCCAGUUGCAAUCAUAAAAACAGUAUGGACAGAAAGAAUGACCAGCCCUCUGAGAUCAAGCCUUGGGGGGGCAAAGCCGGGGACGGGAAAGAGGCUGUGUCCCAUCUGAACGGAGUGGUGGCUCUCGAUCCCGGUUGCAUUACAAACGGUUACCCUGGCAAGCCUGCCGCGGACAAUGAUGGCAGCGCAUCGGAGACCGGCUACACCAUGCCCAAGAAACAGAAAGUGAGGUGUAACAUCGCCAAAGGCUUGGAGAACAUGACCCUGCCGCCGGACAGAACCGUGCAGCAAGAGGAGGAGGAGGAGGAGGAGGAGGAGGAGGAGGAGGGGGGCGGCGGCGGCGGCGACGGCAGCAGUGUCCUUCAGACAAAACAAGAAUCAGAACUUUGCAAACCAGAGUGCGUUGAGAAAGCGGCCAGGUGGCUGGAGGCCAGUGGCAGGACAGUGAGAGCCAAGCCAGCGACUGCAGUGGCCGAGAGUCAGAGGAAGAACUCUGACGCUAAACUCGAUGCUGCUGCUGCUGCUACAAAGCUGGAGGACAGACCAAACAAAACCAGGCCUUCCGUGGCAACUAAAGACGAUUCGUGGACUUUAUUCAAGCCGCCCCCAGUAUUUCCUGUGGACAACAGCAGCGCCAAAAUUGUUCCCAAGAUAAGUUAUGCAAGCAAAGUUAAAGAGAACCUCAACAAGGCAGCUGGGGAGGCAUUCUUCUCGCACGUCCCUGGAAGGCUGUCCCAAGUUCCCAUGUCCGCUAUGAAAGCCGUCACUUCGGCCAGUUUUACCAAUGGCCCGCUCUCCGGAGAUGGGCCUCUGCUUCAUUUUUUAAGCACCACUGCUAGUACUGUAACAGCCUCCUUCCUGGGGGGCGAGAGUGUAUCAUCGUCCCCCAACAGCAGCAGCAGCAGCAGCACCCCUUCUUCCACUGCCACUGGUGAACAAAAGAAGCCCAGCCUUUUCGUCUAUCCUUCCUCAAAUAUGCAACCCAUGCUUCCUGGCGUGAGCCCGGGAGACCUGCCUGCCCCCGCUCAGACAAAUCAGCAAAACCUGGGGGACAUUUUCCAGAACCAGUGGGGGUUAUCCUUCAUCAACGAGCCGAGUGCUGGCCCCGAGGCGCGAGCUGGCUGGUCUGCCGCGGGCAGCAAAGCCACCGAGGUGACUUUUCAAGGAGAGUGCGCUGCUACAUCGGUGUCCCAGGGUGCCCAACUCCUCCUUCCCUCAGGACCGGCGUUUCCAAAAGCUUACGAGCUGGAGAAACGGACUAACCCUCAAGUAAUUAGCAGUGUUUUAAAAGGGUGCCCAGCAGCGCCCGGCAGCACGGGGGGGCCUUCCUCGUUGGAGGCACACGGUGGACUGCCGAGGACGAUUGAGGCGGGGAACCCGGGUGCAAUAGUGUUCGCUUCUUCUAAGGACCUUGGUGCUGAAUCUCUUCAAGCCUCUCCGACGAACCCUGUGUUGGCCUCGGCCAAAGAGCAGAGAAACCAGAGAGGCUCAGACAGAAGAGGCAGCUGGGGGGCAUUUGAUGUUAAAGCUGCUGUUAUUUAUCACACUAAAGAAAUGGAAUUUAUUUUGAACUUGCAAAAACAAGAUCCAAAAAGAAUAAUCACUUACGAUGAAGCCCUGGACCUGCCAGACCAAUGAGGCCGAAGACACUUGACUGUUUUUUUUUUUUUUGUUGUUUUUUUUUUUUGUACCUUAUUACAGCAACACAGCAGUGUCGGGAAGUUACUCGUGUUCCUCCUUCAGCUGUGCAGUGGAUCCUAGAAGAAUCAUCUCACGACAGAUACAAAUUUUCAUUUAAAAAAGAACACACACACACACACACACACACAAAGCAUUUAAAGCAAAAGGACAAGUGCCCCGGCUUGAGCUUGCUUCAAGAGGUUCAAGGAGUCGUGGAGAAGAUGCUUUCCCUUUUAAAUACGCAAGCCCUGGUUCCGGUGUGAGGGACUGUGUGAGAAGCAGGCGAUCCGUUACUUGUGGUUCUGAAAGCGCUUGCGGGAGAGCUGACCCGUGUUCACUGGAGGAGUGUCUGGGAGGUUCCUGGAGAGACGAGCGAGUAACCGGUCUGGUGGAAACGGGAUGCCUCCAUCUCUUUUUAAUUAUAAUUUAGAACCCUUAAAAAAAAAAAAAAAAAAAAAAAAAAAAGUAACAUAAUAUAAUUUUUAAAAGGUCAAUCACAUUGAGCAAAUAGAAUGUGUUUUUCUUUUUUUAUGUAUCUACAAAGGCCUUGAAGUUUAUAGAUUUGAAAGUGCCAUGAUAAUGUGGCAGGAGCCUAGCCGUCCUGUCUCUCUUGCUGCGAUUUGAAAACAAAAAAACGAAGCCUUGGAACAGAGGAGGAGGAGGAGGAAACUGUCUUAAUUGUCAUUUUGGAAAGGAGGUCGUUCAGUGUAACGCUAACGUUGCUGGGCAUCUUGACUCUGCAACACUUCGUUUCUCUGCAGUGAACUCUCAGCAAGGAGCAUCAUGCACUGUCACAGUUAUCGGAGAGGAGUGAGAAUGCAAGUGACACAACUCCUUCUCAUGUACAGUUCCGUUUGUUUUAUACGCCAUUAUCUAGAACAACAACAACAACAAAAAAGCCCUGCUUUGCUAUAGACGCUCUGUGUUAGUUGUGUUUCAAUUUGAAUGUGCAUCUUUUUACUUUUUUCUAGGGAAGGGAAGGAAAAGAAGAGACAGUGGGGCCCUUGCCCACCUAUCACUAGUUUAAAUAUUUCCAGGCAGUCUUAGAGAGUGGUAACCAGAGUUUAAUACAAAGCAUAUGCUAGCGGUCAGCAAAGCUACAUUACGAAACAAACUGGAAUUUACUGCACUGUCUUAACCUGCU